GCGUAGGAAGGUAGUUGCAAUUGAGCAAUACAUUAGGCGUUUUGGAUAAAUUAAGCAAGACUUCCACGCCGGCGCGGGUGUUGAUGGUUUAAGUAAAUUUACAACUUCCUGAUCACGCGCAUAAACAAGAGAGCGAACCUUAAAUGCACAAAAUGAAAUCAAGACAAUUUUGGAGACGGGAAAUAUUGAAGUCACCUUUCGUCACCUUAGCUUAGGCAAUUUAAGGUACCACGACCACUUUGUCUUCCAUUAAGCUCUGCACGGUCUGGCUGGGAACUCAAGAAAUGGAUACCAUUGAAAAAUGGAACGCGAUCUUUGUAACAAUUGAGUUGGUUGUGUUCUUAUUAGGAAUAACGUUUAAUGGAGUUGUAAUUUUUACAAUUUGUAAAAACAUCCAUCGUCGCAUCUCAGCACCGACCUAUCUUAUCCUCAGUAUCGCGGUGAGUGAUUUCCUUUCUUGUGCGAUACCUGUUCCAUUGUCCAUUGCAAGACAUUUCCAAAAGGAAUGGCCGUUUGGUUUGGCUGGAUGUCAGGCUCAUGCGUUCAUGAUAUUUCUACUUGCUCUCGUCUCCAUCACUCAUUUAGUUACCAUUUCAGCGGGAAAGUACUUGACUAUCACAAGAUCUCUUUCCAGAGAUUCUUAUUUCAACAAAGAGAAAGUACUUUUGAUAAUCUUGGGCUCUUGGAUUUGCUCACUCGCCUUCAGUGUGGCACCAUUGGUAGGAUGGUCGAGCUACGGGCUGGAGGGAACAAAUAUAACAUGUUCAGUUAAGUGGGAAUCUUCUCUUCCAAGCGAUCAGGCAUACUUUGGAGUUAUAAUUUUUACUUUCUAUUUUUUACCGCUGGCCGUGAUUACCUUUUGCUAUUACAAGAUCCAUCAAGUUGCCAAAAAGAUCGUUAUCAACACUUCCCACAGGAGUAGUUUAGCCAUGACUUCGAGACAAGCUCUUCUGAGGAAGCACCACAAAUCUGCUUUUUAUUUUUUAGCCAUCAUAGCCGCUUUUCUGCUCCCCUGGACUCCUUAUGCUACAGUGUGCUUCCUGAUAAAUCUACGACUAAAGGUUAACCCUGUAGCUAUCAGUGCAUGUAGUGUGUUCGCCAAGAUUUCGUUUUUUCUUAAUCCAAUGCUUUAUGCAAUUUUUCAUCGCAAGUUUCGACGACGCUUGAUUCUCUCAGUUCCUUUAGCCAGACCGAACAGGGUUGUUAGGCCAGCUGUUUUACCUUCAGCUUCACGAACAUUAGCUCUUUAAAAAGCGCACAUCAU